AUGUACUGGGCUCGACUCACAGUUUCUAGCAUCUCCACCGUUGAGGUCACCCAGGAGGGUGCCAUCCGUCUCGAGCCUGUUCACUACUACAAGGACGCCGGCUUGCACCCUGUCAUGAUGGAGAACGUGGAGCUUGCCGGAUAUGACGCUCCUACCCCCAUUCAGAAGUAUACCUUGCCGGCCAUCCACAAAGGCCUCGAUGUGGUCGCUGUCGCUCAGACUGGUUCCGGCAAGACCGCCGCCUACCUCAUUCCCAUCCUCAACAAGCUUAUGGGCAAGGCCAAGAAGCUGGCCGCUCCUCGCCCCAAUCCUGCCUCGGUCGAGAUUGGUCAGUCCUGGGUUCGCGCUGAGCCUCUGGUGGUCAUUGUCUGCCCCACUCGUGAGCUCGCGAUCCAGAUCUUCAACGAGGCCCGCAAGUUCUGCUAUCGUACCAUGCUUCGUCCUUGUGUCGCCUACGGUGGUGGCCCGAUCCGCGAUCAGGUUCAGCAGCUUGGUAAGGGCUGCGAUGUCCUCAUUGCCUCGCCUGGUCGCCUGUGCGACUUCAUUCAGCGCCCAGACGUUCUCUCGCUUCGCCGCCUGCGAUACAUGGUUUUCGAUGAGGCUGACGAGAUGCUUCACGAUGACUGGCGCGAGGAGUUCGAUGUCAUCAUGACUGGUGGUGAGCAGCAGGAGGGAAACAUCAAGUACAUGCUCUUCUCAGCCACCUUCCCCAAGCCUCUUCGUGAUCUUGCCAAGGAGCAUCUCUCUACUUCCAGUGUUCGCAUCAACAUUGGACGCAUCGGCAGCACCCACGCCAACAUUAUGCAAAGAGUUUUCGAGGUGGCUCCCUUCGAUAAGAAGACGGCUCUCAAGGAGCACAUCAACUCGCUGCCCGCUUGUCGCACCAUCAUCUUUGUCAACAGCAAGCGCACUGCUGAUGACCUCGAUGACUUCUUGUACAAUCUGGGCUUCCCUUGCACAUCCAUGCAUAGCGACCGCACUCAGCUCGAGCGCGAGGCUUCCAUGCGCGCUUUCCGUGCCGGAAAGUCCCCCAUCCUGAUCGCCACCGGCAUCAGCGCUCGUGGCAUCGAUGUGAAGAACGUGAACCAUGUCAUCAACUACGAUCUCCCAAGCAUGGACCAUGGUGGGAUCGAGGAGUAUACCCACCGAAUCGGUCGCACCGGUCGCAUGGGUCAGCGGGGUAUUGCUACCUCGUUCUACACCGAGCGUGACGAGCCUAUUGCCAGUGUUCUCGUUCGAACCCUCAUGGAGACCAAGCAAGAUGUUCCCGAGUUCCUUGAGCCCUACAAGCCUACUGGCAAGGGCUUGGAGAAUCUCAAGUUUGAGACUGAGAGCGAUUUCGACCCCGAGGAGGCUGGAGUUGCCCACCUUGGCGUCUCCGGCGGCGAUGGAGGUUGGUCUAACAAGGGCUAUGGCGGCGGCGAUGAUGCUGCUGCUGCUGCCGCUGAUGGUUCUUGGGGCGGCGGCGGCGGCGGCGAUGCUGCUUGGGGCGGCGCUGGCGAUGAUGUCGGCGACGAGAGCAAGAAGGAAGAGCCCGAGGCCACUGCUGCCUGGGGCGCAUCUGUUGGUGGUAAUGCUUGGUGA